AUGGGACAGGAACUGAAGGCCGGUCGCAGCAGCUCCGGAGAGACACAGAGCGGCGUCUUUAACGUAAUUUCUCUCCCUCACUCGCUCUCUCGCCUCUCUCCCCACUACCCUCUCUUCCCCUCCCUCUCUUCCGUGUCGGACAAGUUCCCCCACCCGCCCCCCCACCCGCCCCCCCACCACCACCACCACCACCACCACCACCACCACCAGCGCCUGUCGGGCAACGUCAGCGGCAGCUUCACCCUCAUGCGCGACGAGCGAGGGCUCCCGACCAUGAACAACCUCUACAGCCCCUACAAGGAGAUGCCCGGCAUGAGCCAGAGCCUGUCCCCGCUGGCCGCCACACCGCUGGGCAACGGGCUGGGCGGCCUCCACAACGCGCAGCAGAGCCUGCCCAGCUACGGGCCCCCGGGCCACGACAAAAUGCUCAGCCCCAACUUCGACGCGCACCACACUGCCAUGCUGACCCGCGGUGAGCAACACCUGUCCCGCGGUCUGGGCACCCCGCCCGCGGCCAUGAUGUCGCACCUCAACGGCCUACACCACCCGGGCCACGCUCAGUCCCAUGGGCCGGUGCUGGCGCCUAGCCGUGAGAGGCCACCCUCGUCCUCUUCGGGAUCGCAGGUGGCCACAUCAGGCCAGCUGGAGGAGAUCAACACCAAAGAGGUGGCCCAGCGCAUCACCGCCGAGCUGAAGCGCUACAGCAUCCCACAGGCGAUCUUCGCGCAGAGGGUGUUGUGCCGGUCUCAGGGGACUCUCUCCGACCUGCUCCGGAACCCCAAACCGUGGAGUAAACUCAAAUCUGGCAGGGAGACCUUCCGCAGGAUGUGGAAGUGGCUGCAGGAGCCCGAGUUCCAGCGCAUGUCUGCCUUACGCCUGGCAGGUAAGCCCAGAGGGUCUCCUGGAGCCAGGGUGCUGGGAGAGGGCUCCGGGGUGCCUGUGGCCCCGGGUGAGGGCGCUUAG